GUCAAUUGAGGUUAGGUAUUGCGAUUUGCGAUUUGCAAAUUAUUUUUACAAUUUUUGAGUUUUUCAAAGUAUUUUUGUCACCAUGGUAAGAACUGCUAUUAUAGACGAGCAUCUUCUAUCUUAUUUGAAUAGGGUAGCACAGCAAAACACGUAUGCCAUGGGUCUUAUUUUAGGGCAAUCAUGUACAGGCAAGGACUAUGUGAUGCAUUUCGCCAAAACUCCUCCAUUUCAUACCGAGAAUGAUAAAAAUCUAAAUGAACCUGAAAAAUUGAAAAGCCUAGAUCAAAUCAAUGAAAACUGGAUGUCUGAUCAUGCCAGGCAAACAACUAGGAUGUUACCUGGCGGUAUGCAUGUUUUAGGUGUUUUUGUGAUAUCACCUGACAGUUCUUUGAAUCCAUUCAAUCCUAAAGUCAAGGCUGUUUUACAAAGAAUACAUGGUCAGCUAGAAACAAAUACAUAUUUGUAUGGUAACUCAUCCAGUGAAAAGCUAGUAGUACAUUAUGAUCCAAAAACCCAGAAGUGUUUUUGUAAAGCAUAUGAUGUAACAAGUCAUAUUAUUCAACCUGCUGAAGUUAAAACUGUUGCUAAAAAAUGGAAUAGUGUCCAGUGUGACUAUGGUAUAGAUAAAAUUCAGUAUAUAAGGAAGUUUGAAGUCAACUAUCCUCUAGAAAAACAUAUCAAUGCACUCAUGAAUGAGAUACAUGAUAAUUUAGCACAAUCAGUAUUUUUGUUCAAUGGAGAAUACAAGGAAGGUGAUGAAAGUAUAGAAAAUGUUGGAAAAAAUGACACAAGGCACACUAGGUCAAAUAAGGGUAGGUCAGACAAUAUAGGUGAUUCAAAACCUGUGAUUGUAUCCAUAUUUCAGUCCAAGCUUUCUGAGGGUGAUGAUGCAUCAGAACAAGAUAGUAUUAUUGAAACAGGUGGUCAGCUUAGGUUAGUAGGAAAAGUUUCAAGCAAACUGUGGCUGCAACCCAAACUGUCCAUUAAAGAAGCCUCAGACUUCAUCAGACAAGAUAUAAUGCGCAGUUUAGUAUCCAGAUUAGAAAUGCAUUGGGAUUCUUUAACAGAGGAAGAAAAUUCAGAAGACAUAAAUUGCCUUCAUGAACCACCUAGGAGGGUUCUGAUAGCUCUUCCCAACAGUGAGGUCACCCUGUCUGACUAUUUGUUUCCUGGGGAGGGUCCUCAAGAUGCUAAAGUUUCAUUUGAAGAGCUGUUAGAUAUCAAAAUCAAUGGUAAAUUAACUAUUCAAGAUGUUGAAGGACAAGCAGAUAUAUCUGAAUAUCAGAAUAGCACAUCAGAAAGUGAUAGCAAAGAAGUGCUAACAAAAUUCAGCUCAGAAACAAAUAAAAUUAUGUAUUUGGCAUUGGUUAUAGCUUUAAUAGUUUUAGUUCUGGCACUUUUAUUACAUUUCUAUCAGUGAGGUGGCAAUACUAUUUGUUGAUGGUUAUGAAUAUGUUUAACCUAAUAUAAUUCUUACAUCUAUGAAAUGAACAUUUCAAAAUUUGACAUGCUACAAACUCUCUGAUAUAUAUAUAGGUGUCACUUUUGAAUAUUAUAUAAAUGCAUUUAUUUUUUUAAUAAAUAUAACAUGUUUUAUGG